GCUUAAGGUAGCCGACUUUGGUCUGGCGCGCACUCUGUGCACGAGGCGGCGAAGCAACGCGGAUUUGGAUUGUAAGGAGGAGCUGGAUAACGAGGCGAUGCUGACAGAUUAUGUGGCGACCCGUUGGUAUCGAGCACCCGAAAUUCUGGUGGCCAGUCGCAAGUAUACGAAGGGCAUUGAUAUGUGGAGUCUGGGCUGCAUACUGGGCGAGAUGAUACGCCAGAAGCCGCUCUUCCAGGGCACCAGCACCAUCAAUCAGAUUGAGAAGAUAGUGAGUGCGCUGCCGGAGGUGACGGAUCGCGAUAUCGAAUCCAUCGGAGCCAGCUUCGGGUCGGUGCUGCUCAGCAAGAAGAUCGUGCGGGACCGCCGUUACUCUCUGGACGAGAUACUGCGCAAUUGCUGUGACGAUGCAUUGUCCUUGGUAAAGUCACUGCUGGUGCUCGAUCCGGAAGGGCGGCUGACCGCCAAGGAGGCCAUCGCCCACUCGUAUGUGCAUCGCUUUCGCACCUCCUCGGCGAACAUGGAGCUGCGUGCCGACAUCCGGCCGCCGUUGGACGACGAUACGCGCUACGGCGUCGAUGAGUACCGUUCGACGCUCUACGAAAUGAUCGCGCCCGAACUGCGAUCCAGUGAAAGCCACUCGAGCACUACACCAGUAAUCUCAACGGCUAGCUCCGAUCAGCCGUCGAGCCAGACGCCGAGCGAUGCGCGAUCUGAAUCGAAAUCCAGACCAUCCGCAAGCAGUUCUCAGUCCACUGUGCAAACGGAUCCGUCCGGACCGCCGAUUUCCCCAUUGACCAAGGCCUGGGUUGAGGAGCAACAGAAGCAGCAACACUUCCACACACAAACACAAUUACAAUCACACCAACACCAACACUCGCACCCGCACCAUCAUCAGCACCCGCACUCGCAUCUGCUUCAGCAGCAGCAGCAGCAGCAGCAACAUUUGCAAUUGUUGCAGAGCAAUGUGCCCACACUGUUUGGCCUUUUGACUGGUCAACUGCAGAGACACGCCCAUCUCAGCGAGGAACAACGUGCCGAUCUCUUCCUGCAUGAGCUGAACGACUUUGUGGAGCAGCUGCAGUUGCGCAGCACUCGACUCAUCCGUAACACGUCGGGCUCGCACUUUGUGAACGCGCGCAUAGCACGCGUGCUGGGCAUACCCGAGGGUCAGUAUGCGCUCGAUAUGUCGGCAAUGGAAUCGGCGCAGGCGCCCACACCGGAGCCGGAGACGCAUGCGAGCACUGUGGCCAGUGCACGCAAUCUGGUUGAAUAUCCAGGGCUCAGCAUGUCAUUAGAUGAUACGCUGACCGACGAGGCUGCUCAACGAUUGAAUUUGUCCGCUGGCGGCAAAUUGUUGCCCCCGUCCGAGGAGAGUCUAUUGCGUAACGUUGGCGAUGAUCUGAUGCCGCCCCCGGUGGCCGUGGCCCCACCCGCCGUCGGCCAUGCAGCGAGUGCAAUGCUGCCGCACUACGAUCAUGCCAGCGACAAUGCCGUCGAGGCGCUCAGCAUGAAAGAGACGCCCAAUGCGGCCAUAUUGGAUCUCAAUGUGGACUUCUUUCAAUUCAACAACAAUUAGUCAACUGCAAAUAUAUGUAUAUACGCAUAUGUUU